CGCAACGAGGCGAGAUGUUCCCACUACCGAUGUUCACACCGGACCAGGUCGCUCGGGUGUGUGAAAACUUGGAGGAGACCGGGGACAUCGAGCGCCUCGGCCGGUUCCUCUGGUCCCUGCCCGCCGCCGUGCCUGGAUCCGCCGGGGAAGCGCUGAACCGACACGAGUCCGUAAUGCGAGCGAGAGCGCUGGUCGCCUUCCACGGAGGGAAUUUUGAGGCUCUUUACCAGAUCCUCCAGAGCCACCGAUUUACGCGCGAGUCGCACGCCAAACUCCAAGACCUGUGGCUGGACGCGCACUACCGAGAGGCGGAGAGACUCCGUGGGCGGCCGCUGGGCCCGGUGGAGAAGUACAGGAUCCGCAAGAAGUUCCCUCUGCCCCGCACUAUCUGGGACGGCGAGCAGAAGACACACUGCUUUAAGGAAAGAACUCGCAGUUUGCUGAGAGAGUGGUACCUCCAAGACCCAUACCCCAACCCAUCCAGGAAACGGCAUUUGGCCCAGGCCACUGGACUUACACCAACACAGGUCGGCAACUGGUUCAAGAACCGCCGCCAAAGAGACCGUGCUGCGUCCGCAAAGAACAGGCUGCAGCAGGAUCCCUCCCUCCUACCUUCUGAAAGCUCACCUGAUGGGUCCCUUCAGGAGCGCCGCCAUCACCCCCACUUGCUGCCUACCUCCCCUCGCCACCUCGGCAGCCCAGAGGCCAGCGACUGUAGCACAGAGACCGAGCGCAGAGGAACAGGAGCCUCCACUCCAGAGAUCUCCGUCAGCAGCGACAGCGAGUUCGAGUCUUGAGAUGAAGGGACUCUUUUCGCGGACAGACUCUUGUCCCCCUGCAGAGAGACGAGAGCAGCGUCUGUCAUCAGACUCAGACAUAUGUUAGAGACACUUGACCUGUCUGUGGCUGUGGACACACCGGAGCUGUUCUCAGAGAGAGAAGGGCGAGAACGAGGAGCCCACUUGAUGUGGCUCUGAGUGGACGAUGUAAGGGAAUGAUAUGAGAAAACAUUAUGCACUUAAAGAAGCACCAUGGCACAUGACCUUGACUGUUAUAUGAAUUAGUUUACUGCUGACCAUGACUCAGGACUGUAGAUAGGUAAACAUCCAUCGAGUACUUCUACAUCAAAUGAGUGUUUUUCAGCUGAAGUAUUUAUAGAAAUAAUGCCAAUGGUCUUUAGAUUAUGUGAACAUUAAUACUUUAAGUUUUGAUACUGGUUUCAGUGAAUAUUUCAAAUAGAUCAUUUUCUAAUAGAUUUUAUGUAAGCUACACAAUACAUUUGUAUGGAAAUCACUCAG